GUCUCUGUUGGAUCAGAACUGAUCAGAUCAGAUCAUCAUCUGCGCCGUAGAACAGCUUCGACGAUCAGUUCCAUUUGAGAUCCGUAAACAAAAAGCGACGCGAUCGCGACAACAAGCCGCACUCGACGCUUUCCAAGUGAUCCGCACAGAAGGAGGCCCAGCCCAGCCCAGCCCAGCCAUGGAGGUGUACACGUCGGACAGCUCGGACACGGAUUCGCGCGAGCAAAAGACCAUCGAUUUUGGCCGCAUGAGUCUCGAUCUGGGAACGCUCGAGGAUCACCUGACAUCGCCGCAAAAGGCGCUGCUCAAGUCCAGCGGUGACAUCGAGACGAUGCUGCUCAACCACAAUCGACUGGUGGGCCUGCCCCGUGUGCUGCAGCAGUUUGCCAACCUCAAGGUGCUGGAUCUCAGCUCCAAUGCGAUCACCCAGCUGCCGGACGCCAUCUGCCAGCUGCCGCUGGUUACACUGAUUGCCAAGAACAAUCUGCUGACCAACUGCUCGCUGCCCAAGUCGCUGCUGGCCAAGCAGGCUGGCGUCGGUGGAUAUAGCCACGGACACAGCACCCUCAAGGAACUGAACCUCAGCGGCAAUCAGCUGACCUAUUUCCCCGAGCAGGUCACCGAGCUACGGCACCUCAAGUAUCUGUAUGUGGGCGGCAACAAGAUCACGGGCAUCUCAAAGGACAUUUGGAAGAUGCAAAGUCUUCAUGUGCUGUCGUUGGGCGGCAACCUUAUCAGCGAGGUGCCCGAUGCUGUUGGUUCACUCAGCCAGCUGCAAGCACUCGUCCUGUGCGACAAUCUCAUCGAGAAUCUGCCGAUGAGCAUUGCCCGGCUGAAGAACCUCAAGUCGCUGCUGCUGCACAAGAACCGUCUGCGCCACUUGCCCAAGGACAUUGUGGCCCUGAAGAACCUCACGGAGUUGAGUCUGCGUGACAAUCCGCUGGUGGUGCGCUUCGUACAGGACAUGGCAUUGAAGCCACCAACUUUGCUGGAGCUUGCUGGGCGCAUUGUGAAGGCGAGUGGCCAGCGGCCCGGACCCUAUGACAUACCCCGAACCCUGGCCGAGUAUCUGAACAGCGCCAACUGCUGUGUGAAUCCCAACUGCAAGGGCGUGUUCUUCGACAAUCGCGUGGAGCACAUCAAGUUCGUGGACUUUUGCGGCAAGUAUCGCGUACCGCUGCUGCAGUACCUUUGCUCAUCGAAGUGCAUCGAGCAUGAGGAACCGGCACGUGGCUCCAGUGCGAGCAGCAGCGCCGCGAGCAGUGCCAAUAGCGGGUUCAUGAUGCGCAAGGUGCUGCUGGGCUAGGCCGUGCGUUCGGCCCCCCGCCCGCCUG